UGGCAAGAUAUCACUUCUUCUUGGCCGCGGCUGUCAUGGAAGAAAAGCAACAAAGGAAAAUCCAGCGACGGGCCAUAAGGGACAUAUGCAACCCCUUUGAUAUGCCCAACGAAGAGUUUCGGCACAUAUAUAGAGUGCGCAAAGAGUUGGCACUCUAUUUGUGUGCCGAACUCGACGCCGACCUCAAACCUAACCAUGACGAUGGAUUGCCGGCACAUCUUAAAGUUCUAACAUCACUGCACCUAUUGGCUGACGGUAGUUACCAAAGGGGAACUGGUCAAGACCAUGGCUUGUCUAUUGCUCAGUCCACUGUCAGCAAGUACCUGGACCAAUUUGUUACUGCAGUCAAUAGAAGACUCAAGGACAAAUGGAUACUCUUCCCAGGAGACGAGCAGUCCCGGCAAUCCAUCGCCAGAGGUUUUCAGGAGGCAUAUGGGGUUGCUAACAUCUUGGGUACAGUAGACUGCACCCAAGUAAAAAUAUUUCCACCUCCGUUACCACACGGUGUACAGUAUUUAAACAGAAAAGGAAAUCAUGCACUCAACGUUCAGUUGAUUGCGGACGUUAACUGCAAAAUACUGUCGGUGAAUGCGAGGUUUCCGGGCCGGGUACAUGACUCGUUCAUUUUCAAUAAUUCUUCAAUAAAAGACGAGUUACGAAGAUUGCAUAACGAGCAUAUUGGAGAAUACUUUCUUCUGGGUGAUUCGGGGUACGCUCUUGAGCCAUGGCUCAUGACGCCCGUGAUGAACGCUGCCCCGAAUAGUCCGGAACAAAGGUUCACGGCCUGGCACUGCCGCGUGCGAAACACAAUAGAAAGAACAAAUGGAUACUUAAAAAAUAUAUUCCGCUGUCUGGGGCACGACCGUGUGCUCCAUUAUAGCCCGGCUAAGGCUUCGGCUAUUAUUUAUGCUUGCUGUACACUAUAUAACAUAAUGGAGCAUUACAAGUAAGUGAGCUCUAGC